CGUUCAAAACAAAGAAAAUGGCGGCGCACAUGAGAUGGGGAAUUCUGCAGUUGUUACGGGUUCAAAAUACCUCUCACUUUAGGUGGUUCCCAGAUAAUCUCAGAAGUUCAUACAACUUGUCCAAAAUCCAGACCUUUAGAGGAGUCCAGUCUCAGCCGGGGGCAGGAGCCACAAAUAUUACAACAUCCAUCCAGACAGAAGACACCCCAAACCCAAGAAGUUUGAAGUUUCUUCCUGGUAAAGCUGUACUAGGAAGUGGUACACUUGACUUUCCUUCACCGAGCUCAGCUGGAUGUUCAUCUUUAGCCAGGGACCUGUUUGCAAUUGAGGGGGUGAAAAGUGUGUUUUUUGGCCCAGACUUUAUCACAGUUACUAAAACAGACGAGGACGUGGAGUGGACAGGCAUCACGCGUGAAGCUCGAGAUGCUAUCGCUAAGUUCUUUGAGAGCGGUGACCCGAUAACGACAGGAGCAGUGCACAAUGAAAGUAGUGUUUCUGAAGAUGAUGACGAGAUUGUAUCGAUGAUAAAGGAGCUUCUGGACACUAGAAUCAGACCUACAGUACAGGAGGACGGAGGCGAUGUCAUCUUUAAAGGUUUCGAGAACGGUACAGUCAAGUUGAAGCUGGUUGGGUCUUGCACAGGAUGUCCCAGCUCCACGGUGACUCUCAAAAACGGCAUUCAGAACAUGAUGCAGUUUUAUAUCCCUGAAGUGGACAAAGUGGAGCAGGUGGAAGAUGAAGUGGAUGAAAUUAGUUCAAUGGUUUUUGCUGAAGUGGAAAAGAAGUUACAUGAAUAAGUCAGUCUCACUCAACAAACUCAUGGACCUUGUGGUAAUAAUACAUAUCGGUUCCUGCAGGUGAUCAUAAUGCUGUACUGAAAGGGAGUGGAAAAAGUAAUUUCAUAUUCUUAAUUGUCCAGUUGUAAUUUAAAUGUACAUGCUGCAUGUUUUGUUCCUAAAGAAAAAGUAUAUACUGUGCUUGAAAAAAUGUAAUAAUUGUUUUCAUUUUUUUCUCUAAACUACAGUUUUAUUCUGUGGUAGGAAAUGUUAGGAUGUGUUUAUUUCUUAUAAUGUUAGUCAGAAAGAAUGUUUUCUUAAGAUGGCGAUUUUGUGAAUGUUUACAGCAAUGUUUAGGUUCUUUCAAAACUUUGAGCUGACAGUUGUAACAAAAUCUAAGUUUUGACAUGUGAAUGCAUUAUCUGAUACUAAAAUAAAAUGAAAAAUGAGGUUAAAAGUACCCAAAUUGCAAAAAUAAACUUGCAAUGUCCCAUCUAAAGAGAUAUUUGUUGUAUUUAUAAUAAAUGCUUUGUGCUCUGCUCUUUAGAUUUACUGUACUAAAAUAAACAUCACUGAUUGACAAAA